UACAAAUACAAGUAGUUAUCAGUGCUCAUCCCAAUGUCGUGGUUGGACUGUGUUAAUUCUUAAGCAAGAAUGUAUUUUAAUUUCAUCACAAAACAAAACUAAUUAUUAAUAACAAUGGAAGAUCAUACAAGAAAUCAAUAUUUGACUGGAAUGUGUGUAAAUAUCAUUUCGAUAUCGUAUGGUGCAUUUAUUGGGUGGCCAUCCGCUAGUUUUGUGGAAUUGCAAUCAUCCGUCAGCCCUCUUCAAUCUGGACCUAUAACGAAUACCGAAGCUGGUUUCAUUGGAUCAAUGCUCUGUGUUGGUGGAUCGCUCGGCACUAUAUUAUUUUCUUGGUCGGCAGACAAAAUUGGUAGAAAACGUUGUUUAAUUUUAAUAGCGUUGCCGGCAAUACUAGGAUGGUGGAUUAUACCCUUGGCACAAAAUCCACUUCAUUUAUCUAUAUCCAGAUUUUUGGGUGGAUUUGCUGGUGGUGGAUCAUUCGCAAUUAUUCCAGUCUAUACAACCGAACUAUCUGAAGACAGGGUUCGCGGUAAAUUGGGUACUUUUAUGGUCUUAUCAUGUAAUAUUGGAAUCCUGUUUGCAUUUAUUUUGGGCAAUUAUUUCUCUUACGACCUUGUUGCAUGGAUCCUUUCAUCGCUACCAUUGACAUUUUUGAUAACUUUCAUUUUCCUUCCAGAAAGUCCUCAAUAUUUAAUUAAUAAAAACAAUAUCAAGGAAGCUGAAAAGUCAUUAUGCUAUUUUCGCAACUGCAAAUAUUCUGGUAAAGAAAUGCCUCAAGCGGUUAAAAUCGAGUUUGAAAAACUAAUGGAAAGCAAUACACUGGCAAAUCCUAACUCAAAAAAUAUUAGCAUUGGCCUCAAGGACUUUGUUGAGCCGAAAGCUCGAAAAGCAUUCAUUAUUGGAAUCGCGUUGAUGGCCAUUAAUCAGUUUUGUGGCUGCUUUGCAAUGCUCAACUAUACUGCAACGAUUUUCCAAGAGUCUGGCUCAAAUCUGACGCCUAAUAUGUCAGCGAUUAUAGUUGGUGCCAUACAAUUGCUCGGUUCAUAUAUGUCGACAUUAUUGGUUGAACGUGCUGGUAGAAAGAUUCUAUUAACAAUAUCUGCCAUUGGUACUGGUAUUGGCCUAUUGUGCCUGGCAACGUUCAUGUAUCUCAAUACAAUCGGAUUCGAUAUGUCAACAGUUUCGUGGAUACCAGUUGCUAGUUUUUCAUUCACCAUAUUUAUCGCUUGCUGGGGUGUUCUAACUCUACCAUUUGUCGUCGUCUCUGAAGUUAUGCCACCAAAAAUAAGAAACGCUGGUUCCAUGAUCUGCAUGCUAACAUUGUGGAUAUUUUCAUUCUUUUUGCUAAAAUACAUGACUGUUUUGUCGGAAUUGUUUGGAAUGUACGGUCUAAUGUUCUUUUUUGCCAGCUGCUGUUUUGUUGGAGCCGUAUUUAUUAUUCUAUUUGUACCUGAAACUAAGGGAAAAAGUAUUGAGAAAAUAUUAGCCAAUUUGUAAUAACAAUAUAUUCAUUCAGUAUACAAUAAUUCAAAUCCAUUAUAAGUUCAAAAUAAUACCAUCUUAAUAAAAUGUUUUUAUUUAGAAAUUAAAA